AUGGGUACCUCUAGUGUUCUUCGCCGUCAUAUUAUUCUCCGGGUAGGCGACUCGGGCUCCAAUCGUUCAACAUACGCUCCUUUCGAGGACGGCAUUAAUGGCGUCAGGCGGGAGAUUCUUUCAUGGUCUCUGCGCGACAAGCUAAAACAGAAUCGCGUGCCGCUUCAAGUGCUUCGCGGGAAUAGCCGUCUAGACAUCUGGGCUCGAGUCACGCCGUCAGCGGUAGCAGAGGCGGCAGCUGCUGAAGCCGCAGAAGAAGCCGCACAAGGAGACGUCAGUCUUGACGGCAGUUACGACGACACGACCGCAAGCUUCGGACUCGCCAGCUACCGGCGAGCCGGCACUUUCGAAACGGAUUGCAGUUACGACGCCGGCGAGAACCUUCUAGAGGGAGUCGUUCUUUCCGAGGGUCGGCACGCGCUGUUCGCACCGCUAGCGGCUUGGACGGAGGAGAGCAUCCUGCGUCUAGAGCGGAUUAAAGCAUACGGCGCGCUGAGGAAUAACAAGCCCCGAGCAGUGGAGAAAGAAGAGCAGCGCAACAAGCGCGGGAGUGGCCUUUACUCGAGGAUGCCCUCUGCUGGCGUCAGAGCCCGUCGUGCAGCGGGUAUUGGCUGCUGUUUUGCUGGAGCGGCGGAGAGUGGGGAAGGGUCGGAAGAGGCGGAAGGGGCGGAAGAAAUGAGGAGCGGAGCGGAGGACUCCCUUCCGGCGCGCGAAGCUGUGGGGAAGCUGGCGGAAGGGAUUGCGCGGCUACGGAUGGGAUGGGCGCGCGCAAGGGAUGGCGCGGAGGAGGCAGAAGGGGUCAGAGCACCGCUUCUGGCGCAUGCGGUGCACCCAGCGGAGAGGGGGGACGUUGGCGCGCAGGAUAGCGGUCGUGGCGAAGAUGAUCGGUUGAAGAGGGGUGGUGCUGGCAUGCUCAGGGAUGCCCGAAUUGGACGUGUAGGCAAGAUUAGAAUUUCUGAUGAACCUUCUUCCGAUUCUCCUCACGACGAGAUCAAACCUGCCGACACUCUUGCCGCCCACGAAUCUAAUCCUCCGACUGCCAGUGCCGACUCGCGCGCCUCCUAUGGAACACGGAGUACGACAGCCGCCACGUCAGCAGGCGAGCCGCGGGUCGUGCUGCCGCACCUGUACUCCAAAGUGCCGGUUUCUGGGGAAGGCGGUAGCGGGGCAGGCUGGGGUAGAUGGGAAGAUGGAGAGACAUGCAUUCAGGAAGAGGAGGAGGAGGGAGACGAUGGGUACUGGCGUGAAAGAGCAGACGACACUGUUGCUGCUGUUGCUGCUGGUGAUGCCGGUGCUGCUGGUGCUGGCGCUGGUGGCAGUGCUGGUCCGACGCUCGAAGAAGCACGUGACAUGGGAGCGAGGACCAGACCGAGCUCUCCCACCCAUCACACCACCACCCCUGCUGCUUCCACUAUCCUCGCGACCGACGCCGCUGCUGCCGGAACUGCUGCUGAAGCGGAGGAGGCGGAGAUGCAGGAAAGAUUAUGGGCAGGGAGAGCAGUGACAGCGCCUGAAGCCAGGCUGUGGCGGGGCCACGCAUCAGCCAUGCAGGCAGCAGGCAUGCAGGCAGCAGGAAUGCAGGCAGCCAUGGCCAGCAGCAUUGCGACAGAUGGUGAUACUUGCACAGACUCUCUCCCAGCGGGCUUACCUACCUUUCUCCACUCCGGCUGCCUACCUGCCUUCCUACCUGCCGCCCCGAACCUGCCUGCGCAUGCAACGCCCGGUCCAGUGCUCAAGGUGCGGCGGCACUGCAUUGCUGAGGCGGCAGAAAAGGACGACUCGGGUGGCAGCAACAAGAGCGUGGGCGGCAGCGGGCCGGCAUCUCUGUUCACCAUUCUGAUCAUGCCGGCUGAGAGCGGGGGGAAGAAGGAGAGCCGUCGAUUCUUUGAUGUGAACCACACGAUUGACCGUGCCUUGCGGUGGUUUGCCUCGGUGCGUGCCAGCGGAGCAGCACUCGAGCUGAUGAACGCUCAGACCGAAGUCCUCCCGGUGCGGCUGGGCGGCAUGGACGGAGACAAACUCUCCAAGAUGGCGCAGUACGGAAAGUGGACAGUAAAGACAAACGACGAGCAGCGCGGGGAUCAUAUCUCAGUCCUCCGCGCCGUCCGCCUCUGGCUGGUCCCGGAUUCCGAGGUGGAACUCACCCUGGUGCUGGCGUCCGGAGGGGUAAAUAACGCGGCGUGCCCUCCCGACUGGGGGUUACUUCUGGAACAAACCCCGGAGGGUGUGGUGCAUGUGGUGGGGAUCGUCGCCAGCUGCUGCGGCAAUACCGAGAAAUCUGCCACUGCUGGGUCUGCCACUGAUGCUGCUGCUGGCUCUGCGUCUGCUGGGUGCAAUGCUGACGCGGGAGGCUUCACGACGAUGGAUUUCCCCUGGAAUUGCGGAGUGCUGCCGCAGACCGCCGCUGCCUCGUCAGCAGCGCCGCUUUCAGAUGCUGACGUGUUGCUUCCCGUGGAAGCCGUGGACAUUGCGCUGUCUCCUCAUUCAGUUGGAGAUAUUUAUGAGAAGAGGGGCGCGACGCGAGGACUCCAUCCCACCUCUCUCGACUUUGCCAUUCUCUCUUCUCUUACCACCCCUCAUCGUGCCCCCACGACUCCAACCUCCCUUCCUCCUGUGCUUUUCCCUGCUGCCUUCCUCUCUGCCGCCCCCCUGCCUUACUCUGCCUCACCUGGCUCUUCCCCCUACCCAACCCACCGUUCCCCCACCCACCACCAGGUACGCGCACAUGCAGUCAUCGCCAUUCCCAACCCCCUCACGCUAUCCGUAGCAUAUCGGCUGGUCGUUUCUGACGUCAUCGCUGAGUCAGCACCACCUGAGCUGGACGGCAGCGCGCUCAUGGCAGUGCUUCAACGUGUCUGCGCUUGGCUGGAAACAACUGACACGUGGCUGCUCUCAGGCCAUCCUGACGUGGCAAUGCAGGCCACCGUGGAUCCUGAUGAGGUGGCAAAGCCCUCACAAGACGCAGCUCCACAGGCGGCCGCUCUGCCUCCAGGGUCGCCCACUCUUCUCCCCCUCACCCCUCCGCCCAUCACCCUUCCGCCCAUCACCCUUCCGCCCCUCACCCUUCCGCCCAUCACCCUUCCGCCCCUCACCCUUCCGCCCCUCACCCUUCCGACCCUCACCCUUCCACUGGGCCUCAUAUCAGUGGCGCACAUAGCGGGGUGGCACACAUGGGGGGCGCACAAAGCGAGGGCGCACGCAGCAGUGGCGCACGCAGCAGUGGCGCACGCAGCAGUGGUGCACAGGCAGGCGAGAGGUGGCGUAGGGCAGCAGCAGGGGCACGAUCCAUGGCUGCUGCUGGCGGGGGGAGAGGGGGGAGCAGAGGGGGGAUGGGGAGCGGAUUGGCUGCUGAAGGGGGAGAAGGAAGGGGAGGAGGGGCUGUUGAAGAAGCAGGAGCGGGAGGAUGGGUGGGAGGGAGUGAUGGUUGUGGUGGAAGGGUGA